CUUCCAUUUGUCUAGUCAAGCUCCAUGGAAGAUUUCUGACUCCCCAUAACUCUCAUCUCUUUGGAGCACUGAGGAACUAAUGGAUCCCCUUACGAUCGUCACAACAGCGGCCUCCAUAGUCGGUACGGCGAUCAAGCUCUCAAAGACCCUGUACGACACCGUCGAGGCGCUCAAAGAUGUCCCCGCCGAUGUGCGCGCCCUUUGCUCCACCGUAGACAGCGUCAAGUCUGCGUUGUCGCGGCUGGUUGGAUUCAUGAAUGAUGGCAAAAAGUGUGGUUGGCCGUACCACUGGCUCGAAGACGUCAUGAACGAUGUAGAUGCGAUCGGCCAGGAGCUGAAAGAGGUGCAGAACCUAGUUGUGGGCUGGGAGGGUGGUGGGGGACCUACGAAGACAAAAGGAGGAAAGGUUAAGGAGACUUGGCGUAACUGGAAAUGGCACUUCAAUGCGGAAGAGAUCCAGAGGUGUACGAAGAGACUAAGAGCGGCCAGGGAGGACCUGGUCUUACAGAUUGAUGUUAUACAGGUAUCCACUACGGCGCAAACGAGCCACGACGUCAAUGCAGUCAAAGAUAUUGUUGGAUCGAUCAGGGCUGAGCUGGCUGGAAAGACGUCCAGUAACGAUGGACGGGCCCUGACUGCCGAGUUCCACCUGUUCGCGGAGCAGAUAUCAGACUUGCGGGAGGUAAUUCGUGGCCUGAUACCGGACGCUACAGUAACAGUUGGCGAACCUGGCGAAGAGCGAGGUUUAUCGUCAACAGAUAGAGUUGUUUCAACACGAAGCACUGCGGAAGUGAGGCCUCACGCUCUCUCAGGUCGUCGGCAGAGCUUGAAUUCUAUCAAGUCGAACCUGUCGUCGCCUGGCAUCUUAUCGCCUCUGGCAGCACUGAACCAGCAGGCGUUCUUACAGAAUCAGAGGAUGCCCCAGGAAUACAAUGUCGGGACCGUUGCUUUGGAACUGAAAUUGAGCGAAAUGCAACGAAAACACGACGAGCUCUCGGUACACUGGGAAAAUGCUCUGGCGCAUAUUGUGCAUCUAGAAAGUGAAUUGGAUGGAUAUGUACUGUCUGGCUCCAACGACUAUAGCGGCACUGGUGGAUGUGGAAAUGUCGUUGCGGGUUUCGGGGAAUCUGAUGAGGUUACAUCUCGCGAAGCUGUGAUUGAUGUCCUAAAGGCACAAAAUGAAGCUCUUCAGGAUAUGAUCAGCGAGAGAGUCACGAUUGUGGACUAUAGUGAUGAAAAUUUGAACGCGAGAGAUUUGGGGAGACAACUUUUGAAGAAAAACGAAAGACUUAACCGGCAACAAGAAGAGAUUGAUCUAUUGAAGUGGAGACUCAAGGGGGAGCAAAGUUCUCUCCGGGAACAAUUGCAGGUAAAUAAGAUAUUGGACGAUAACGUCAAGUCAAUGCGGCGAGCAACAAAAAAAGAUCGCCAAAACGGAGAGAAGCGCGGAUGGAGAAACCUAUUGACACCUAGCCUUGGCUGGCGGCCUGCCGAGCUCGGUGUUCACUCAUCCACUCCCGAAAGCUAUCGUCCUUCUGUUUCUGCUGUUGAUCUUUCAAGACCCCAAUCUUCGUCUUCGUCGUCAACCAAUGGGUCAUACUGGCAGAAGUCGCGCCCUCUCGAACUAAUCGAAACAGUAUCGGGGAAUGCAAAUCUAAGUCGGGGGCCGCCAGUGCACAGUUGACCGGAUAUUUCUGAUGCAGUCUGCAAAAACAGGAUUUUAAAAGACUGCAAAUAUUGAAAAGUGUGGAUUCAAAAUACCGUC